AGGUCACUAGCUCAGCCUCCUAAUCGAAUCACAUAGGUAGAGAAAGAGCCCUGGACAAGGAGGGGUGACACGGGGUGGUUGUGUAAGAGUACAGGAAUCUGAGCCUUGGAAGAGAAGGACCUGCCUUCUUAGAGGAGGAGAGGGAGGGUGGCUACUUCUAGAUCACAGAGGGAGCAGCAGUGGUUUGUAGACAACCUUCUCCUUCUGGGGGUGGGGGAGCAGGAGAAGACCUAUACCGUUCCCCGCCAGUAAACUGUGCAGGAGACCUAGAUAUCAGAAGAUAUCAUUUUACCAGUGUAUUAUGCGUAAAGAGGGGAGCAGGAUACUAAAAGUGUAUGAGGCACCGAUGAACAUUUCAGCACUGGUUUCACUGGACAGCAGCCGUAUAUCUUCACACUGGACAGCUCCUUACAACUACUAUUGUGGAGUGGCUUGUCAAGACCUCUAGGAGAGCAACAUACAGUUCGAGAUCAGUGGGAAAACAUUCUCUCUGUUGGGUCCCGGGGGCAGCUCCUCUGCUGUCACUUCCAUUUAUCCUCCUUGGGCAGCCCAUACAUCUAUUGUACGUGUCCUACCCUUGAUUUGUUUGGACCUCUAUGAUUACUAUGCAUCCUCCCAGGGUAUUCAGGCUGCACUUCCUGGUUACGUAGAGCCCCUAACUGCUGCAGGAAAAGGGGAAAUCCAUCUGUACCCCCGCCCCCUUCUACAGAAGAUGACCACUGAAGAGUCUGGUCUGUAAAUUCAAAUGCUGAUCUAUUGAUGCCUCAUUCUGCCAAUGAUCAAAGUCAAAACAUACUCAUGGCCUUGGCACCUUAAAUGAUCAAACCAACAGAGGAUUUGUGUGUGGAGUGGGCACUGGAACAGGAGAGGCUUUUGUUGGUUUACCAAAAAUCUACAUUAUGGAUAUGGCAAUGUUUGUAAUGAUGACAUGCACGUUGCUACUUCUAACUCCAUGGAAAUGUUGGUCCAAACCAAAGAGUUCACCACACAUGAAUUCUGUGAGGAUAGAUGGAGACCUUGUUUUGGGUGGUCUUUUCCCUGUCCAUGGGAGGGGAAGUGAUGGCCGAGCCUGUGGAGAACUCAAGAAGGAGAAAGGAAUACAUCGUUUAGAAGCAAUGCUAUAUGCCCUUGAUCGUAUCAAUGCUGACCCUGAUCUUUUGCCUAACAUCACCUUAGGGGCAAGAAUUCUGGAUACCUGCUCCCGAGAUACCCAUGCUCUAGAGCAAUCUCUAAGCUUUGUCCAGCCUCUCAUAGACAAGGACAGGGCAGAAGUGCGGUGCCUGAGUGGUGGAAAUCCUAUCAUUGCACAGCCCGAGAGAGUGGUGGGAGUUAUUGGCGCAUCUUCUAGCUCCGUUUCUAUCAUGGUUGCCAAUAUUUUGAGACUCUUCAAAAUUCCACAAGUGAGCUAUGCUUCCACCGCUCCAGACCUAAGUGACAAUAGUCGAUAUGAUUUCUUUUCUCGAGUGGUUCCAUCUGACACUUAUCAAGCUCAGGCCAUGGUGGAUAUUGUAAAAGCCCUGAAGUGGAGCUACGUGUCCACACUAGCAUCUGAAGGCAGCUAUGGUGAAAGUGGAGUAGAAGCAUUUAUCCAGAAAUCCAGGGAGGAUGGUAGCGUGUGUGUAGCACAGUCAGUGAAGAUUCCACGGGAACCAAAAGCAGGAGAGUUUGAUAAGAUAAUUCGGCGCCUUCUGGAGACUUCCAAUGCCCGCGCUGUCAUCAUAUUUGCCAGUGAAGAUGAUAUCAGGCGAGUGCUUGCUGCAGCAAAGAGGGCAAACCAAACCGGUCACUUCAUGUGGGUUGGCUCUGACAGUUGGGGUUCCAAGAUCUCACCAGUCCUGCAGCAGGAGGAAGUGGCAGAAGGAUCCGUCACUAUAUUGCCUAGGAGGGCAUCAGUCAGAGGGUUUGACCGGUAUUUUACCAGUCGGACACUAGAUAACAACAGAAGGAAUGUCUGGUUUGCUGAAUUCUGGGAGGACAAUUUUCAUUGCAGACUGAGCCGAAAUGCACUACGCCGAGGUGGUCAUGGGAAGAAAUGUACAAAUCAGGAGCGGAUUGGUGUAGGGUCCACAUAUGAACAAGAGGGCAAGGUACAGUUUGUUAUAGAUGCUGUAUAUUCCAUGGCCCAUGCUCUUCACAAUAUGCACAAAGCUGUGUGUCCUGGCAGUGUUGGACUCUGCAGUCGCAUGGACCCAGUUGAUGGAGCAGAACUACUGAAAUACAUUCGUAGUGUUAACUUUACAGGUAUUGCUGGCACACCGGUGACAUUCAAUGAGAAUGGUGAUGCUCCAGGUCGCUAUGAGAUCUACCAGUACCAGAUCCAUAAUGGAACUCCUGAAUACAGAGUGAUUGGACAAUGGGCAGAUCAUCUCUACUUCAAAAUUGAUCGUAUGCACUGGCCAGGCAUCUCCUAUUCAUCUUCCCACUUUCCUCAGAUCCCAUCCUCUGUCUGCAGCCAGCCUUGCCUGCCAGGUGAGCGGAAGAAGGUGGUGAAAGGAAUGCCCUGUUGUUGGCAUUGUGAAAAAUGUGAAGGUUAUCAGUACCAGCUUGAUGCCUACACCUGCAAGAGAUGUCCAAUCCACAUGAGACCAAAUUCCAACCACACAUUCUGCAUCCCCAUUCCUGUCAUCAAACUUGAAUGGAGUUCUCCAUGGGCUGUAGUGCCCUUACUCCUUGCUGUUCUGGGCAUUAUGGCAACUCUGAUAGUGGUUGGCACCUUCAUGCGAUAUAAUGACACUCCAAUUGUUAAGGCUUCUGGUCGUGAGCUAAGUUAUGUCCUUCUCACUGGUAUUUUCUUGUGUUAUGUCAAUACUUUCAUUAUGGUGGCCCAGCCAGGCUAUGGAACCUGCUCGCUGAGAAGGGUCUUUUUGGGACUGGGAAUGAGUAUUAGCUAUGCUGCUCUCCUCACUAAAACCAAUCGCAUCUAUCGUAUUUUUGAGCAGGGUAACAGAUCAGUAAGUGCUCCACGAUAUAUCAGCCCAUCAUCUCAGUUGGUGAUCACUGCCAGCCUUUCCUCUGUCCAACUACUGGGUGUGCUUGUAUGGUUCUUUGUGGACCCAUCCCGGCCUAUGGUGGACUAUGAAAACCAGCGCACACCAGACCCCCAGCUUGCACGAGGGGUGCUCAAGUGUGACAUCUCAGACCUUUCCCUUAUCUGUCUUCUUGGCUACAGCAUGCUACUCAUGGUUACCUGCACUGUUUAUGCCAUCAAAACCCGUGGGGUUCCUGAGACAUUUAAUGAGGCAAAGCCUAUUGGUUUUACCAUGUACACAACUUGCAUUGUCUGGCUGGCCUUCAUCCCAAUAUUCUUUGGCACUGCUCAGUCUGCUGAAAAGAUGCAUAUCCAGACCACCACGCUUACCAUAUCAGUGAGUUUGAGUGCCUCGGUGUCCUUAGGUAUGCUGUACAUGCCCAAGGUCUACGUUAUCCUUUUCCACCCAGAAUUGAAUGUGCCCAAACGCAAAAGAAGCCUAAAGGCUGUUGUCACCGCCGCAACAAUGAGCAACAAGUUCACACAAAAGGGAGGAUACAGACCCAAUGGUGAGGCCAAGACUGAGCUAUGUGACAGCAUGGAGACACAAGCUCUGGCCAGUAAACCCACGUAUGUCAGCUACAGUAACCACGCUAUAUAGAAAGCACUGAUUGGAAAUGCCCUUGAACAUUGGGAGGGGCCAAACAAGUGGUCACAUCAGAUGCUGCUCAGUACUGAAAAUCAGGACCAGUCGGAACGGCUAGUUAACCCGUCGUAGGGCGGAGAAGCGCGUCUGGCGCAGACAGGAGAAAAAAAAGCUGGCAUCAAAGCCACAUACCUGGGCACAUUAAAUCCCCUACAUAUUAAGGAUCUGAAAACUCAUCAUAACUUGCUACAUGUUCCAGUUCAAAUGUUCAGAAUUUUAUUAAUUUAAAACCUUGUUUUUAUUAUAUUUUUUUGAAAUAUUUUUUUCAUAUUUAUACAUGAAUUAUUGCAACUUUUUUGUGUUUUUAUUCCACAGAAACACAUCUAUUUUGGAUGUGUCAAUUUUAUUGCAUUUCAAUAUUUUUUAAAUUAUUACUAGUAAGAUUAAAAAAAGAAUAUUUUGAUGUUCCCUAGUUACAGUUUUCACUUUUGUGCCCUCAUUGUUUUCAAGAAAAACUUUAAGUUAAAUUAUUCUUGUGCUUUAAGUGCAGUUAUUCUAUUCCCUACCUUUAUGCCUGCACCCCUGAAAAUGUAUUUAAUUACACUGAUUUCACAUCAUUUUUGCCAUUACUUUUCCCUUUGGAAACACAGCUAAACAUACUGACUGUUCCAAAUGAAAAUUGCUUGUGCUCUUUUCUUCUAUUUUAAUGUCAGAAUUUAGUUUAGAAUGUAAUUUAUAACUGCCAAUUUAUAUAAUUUAAAACUACGACAUUAAAGGGGACAAAUGUAAAAGCCGAGGUGGAUGUAAUGUGGAGAAAAUAUUAACAUUUAUAGAGGCUUUUGUAACAGGUUUGCUGACAUUGCACCUAUUAGACCAAAAAUGCCAAAUAUUAAAAUAGAUGCAAAUGACCUUAUUUCAAGACAAAUACAACUGGGUCUGAUUACGGAAUAGAGGUACCUUUAUUUUUUUCUUCUGAAUGAAAUGACUUGACCAUAUAAUGUUCUAAGCAUAUCAAUUUCUUACAUACAUGUUUCCAAUUUAUGUUUUGUCUUUUUCACCGCUUUAUUCUCUCUCCCUCGCUUUUCUCUUUCUCCCUAAGUGGAAAAAAAAUGUAUAGUUUUUUUGUGGUGCAAUGAGAUUGAAUAUUUAUUAUUUUAAUUGUUUCAUUUUCAAGAGCUAUUUUUCAAAAGAUGAUAUAAACAAAGCUAGAGAUGUUCUGAUGGUGCUCAGUUAUCACUGCAGAUCCUGUGAUUACCUUAGGAAAGUCUGUUUAUGGCACUGUCUAUGAUCACUAAGGACCAAUUAAGACCUUGUUAUAUGAAAUGCUCACACAUGGAGACUGGAUGUUUGAGGAAUAGUAACUGCUCUGUAGAUUUCCCUUGGUCAGUGAGGUCAGAAAUUUUCUGAUAAUCCAAUGUAUGCAGUAUGUAAUCAGAAUUAUUUUGAAUAUCUCCGUAGACUGUAGACUACAGCUAUUGCUUUUUCUGCUAUAAAAAAUAAGAUUGCAAAUAUUCAUGUAGAUUUGUUUGUGUAAAAAGCUGUCUUCGUGCAACAAUCAGAUUCCCAUUAGUGGGCAGCUUUAGAAAGACCUCAAAAAGUUACUACUGGAAAGACAACUGGACUCACUUGAGCAUUGCAUGUUAAUAAUGUCUGUGGUAUAUCCCCCCUACAUGGGGAAAAACAAUGCUACAAAUUUGAUUUUAUUUCUAAAAUAAUUAUCAUAUUUUAACGUUGUAUCUGUUCCCAGAAUUUGCCCCUCCCAUGGUCAGUUUGCAAUGUAUUUAUAAUGAGAGUCAGAAAUUUAUUUUUCACCCUCCACCCCAUGCAAACCUUGCGAGGUGCCUGCGUUUAUGCAAAAUUGUGUGUGCAUGAAAAUCACAGAGUCUUGAAAAAAAAAUGUCUUUUCUUUCUUUUCUACCUGAGUGUUUCUAAUAAAAGUUUAAAAAAUA